UAGUCUACUGUCUAAGGUUAAACGUCAAAGUCACUUGUCAAACAAUUUUCAAGAACCGUAAUUUCUCUAAUUUUACGCUUAAUUUCAAUAUGAGUCAGUGUCUUAAACCUUAAAACAAUGUUGAAAAAUCGAAAAAUACAGUCUUGUUAGUCAUAACUACUAUCAGGUGCGAUGAAUGACCAAUCUGAGAUGUCUGGCGAGACGACAGUUGCAGUUGAGGACGGAGGAAGCGGGCCUCCCUCACCGGACACGGCAAGACGCGACCUCGAAGAGGAAUUUAACAUCCAGAGAGCAAAAAUGAAAGAGCUUUUUUUACAGAAAGAAGAGGACAUGCGUAAGAUGGUGGUAGAGCGGGAGCAGCUGCAGUCGGAGGUGCUCAGCCUGCGUGCCGCGCUGCAGCAGCUGCAGACCCUCAGCCACAACCAGAAGUCGGAGAUACAGAGUUUACAGCUACUUGUCAGUGAGACUGUGGAGGCGUCUUCUUCUGGCACGGAGGAGGUGCGGCGGCUGCGCGCGCGCACCCUCGACCUGGAGCACCAGCUGCGACAGCAGCAGCAGAUGGAGCUGUCGCUGGCGCCGGCCACCUUCGUGCGGUCGCUGGCGCGCAAGCUCGGCGCAGACCCCGACACCGACCUGCCGCAGAGACGGAAUGUGGAAGACAAUGAGCUGCUGAACUCCAUCAUCCAGCCGCUGGAGCUGGAGAUAUCCGCGCUCAAGAACAAGCUCAGGGAGACGGACGCGCAGCUGCAGGACGCUUUGAAAGUGAAGGCAGCGCCGGCGGACGCGGCGCCCUCGACCGGCUCCAGCGGCGACGUCAAGCAGGACUCAGAGAGCGCGCGGCAAUGCGAUAUGUGCGCCAACUACGAGCGGCAGCUGGUGGCGGCGCAGGGCCGCGCUGACGCCGCGCGCGACAAGGCCCUGCAGCUGGAGCAGGCGCUCAAACUGGCGACGGAGGAGCUGGAGGGCGUGCGGUCGCUGCACGAGGAGACGCUGGUGGGCGCGGGCGCGUGGCGCGCGGCGGGCGGCGCGCGGCUGGCGGCGCUGGAGGCGCGGCUGGAGGCUGCGGCCGCCGCGCUGCAGCAGCGCCAGGCCGCCGCCGCCGCCGCCGAGCAGCGCGCGCUGCACACCGUCACCACGCUCACCGUGCACCGGGAGACGCUGCAGAGGAAACUGGACGCGUUAGAACGAGACAACGCCAUGCUGAUGGGCCAGUACACGAAGAAGGCGGAGGAAAUGCAGAACGAAAUAAUAGAUCUACCGGAUAACGUCGAGGAGCUGCAGGAGCAGCAGCUGCGGCUGCGCGAGCAGCUGAUCGUGUGCGAGGUGGGGCGCGAGGAGGCGGUGGCGGCGGAGCGCGACCUGCGCGCGCAGCUGCUGCAGCACGGCGCGCUCUUUCACCGCCAGGAGGAGGCGCUCGCCGCCACCAGGGACCAGCUCAAGGCCGCCAAGGAGGAGCUGGACCGGCUGCAGACGGAGCGCGAGCAGAUGCAGCAGCUGGCGGACAAGCUGCGCCACUCCAACGACAUGAUCGAGCAGCUGCUGGAGGACAAGAAGCGGCUGCAGGGGGAGGUGUGCGAGGUGCGCGGGCGGGUGCACGCGCUGCAGCUGGAGCUGGACAACAGCGAGAAGGUGCAGCAGGACUUCGUGCGGCUGUCGCAGUCGCUGCAGGUGCAGCUGGAGCGCAUCCGCGAGGCGGACACGGAGGUGCGGUGGCAGCACGAGGAGGACGUGAGCGAGUGCCCCGCGUGCCGCGCGCCGCUGCCCACCGCCAAGAAGAAGGUGCACUGCCGGCACUGCGGCCGCAUCUUCUGCGGCGCGUGCGUCGCGCACACCGUGCCCAGCGGGCCCCGCGGCGCGCCCGCGCGCGUCUGCGGCGUCUGCCGCACGCUGCUGCAGCCGCACGCCGCGCCCUACUUCAGCACCGACCCGCCGCACUGACCGCCGCACUGACCGCCAACACGCCGCCAACACCCCGCCACCGCACCACUACUGUGCACUCAACGAAACUUUGCCUAUGUCACUUAAAAAAUGACCGUAAGCCCUUUGUCUACUUAUCCAACUAAAUUGUAGUAUUUUCACCCACUUUUAUAGAUCCGGUCUGAAACCGUGAUGCAUAAGUAAUAUUUGACCAUUAAAAACUUCAAACUGUAUCCAAUCUGUCAAAAUGACCGAUCCAUAUUAAGACACGCUUGCUAUCAUUGUUCGUAAAAAUUGCAUAAGAUUCUUAAAACUGUAACAUUAUGUCUGUUAAGGUGCAAAUUGUUUAAAAAUUAUUUUGUAUAAAAUAAAAAAAAUGUGUAAAAUAUUACGAACUUAAGUUAUUAAGUGCUAUUAUGAUUGUUAUUUAAUUUAUCUAGUAAAUGAAUUUGUUUUUCUAACGAGAGUCUACUUGACUUCAACUAUUUAAAUUAGAACCAAAUGCUAGUGGUUUGUUUGAAACAUAGUUAGACUCUCGUUUGUUUGAGAGCUGUGCGUUUGGGCUCCUGUAAAUAUGAACAUUUUAUGGUUAUUUAAAUUGAAUAUAGAUAGAAUGUUCACACAGUAUGUAUAUAUUAGAGGACGACGUUCUGUGAUCCUUCGCCUGUACUGAGGAUAUAAAAUAGUUUCGAAAUGUUUUAAUAAACGUUUUUUGCACCAUUUCUUCUAUCCGUGUAGCACUUGUAUAGAAUAAUGAACAUUAUUUUUCGUCUCUAAUGUUUCAAUGUUGCUAAGAUCCUUGUAUCAUACUUGUCUUGUCACAGAACAGAGUCCGUGUCGGUUCGCAGCGGUCGUGUGAUAAAGUGCUAACAGAUGGCGCUUAGACCAUUACAUUAUUUGUAAUAUAAAUAUAUUUUAUUGUAAAUAAUAAAGAGCUCCAUAU